GACGAAAUUCUAUACUAUUUAUUUUGAAGUUAAUAUUCAAACUAGCUUAUCAAUACAUUCACUUUCAGAAAUGACUCUGCCCACCGCAUUCUCAUCAGCUAUAGAUUACUUUAGAGCUUCGGUUGAUUUUCUAGACGCACAUUCUUGGAUCUAUCAUACUGCCAACACCCGAUUUAUCAAAGCUGGAAUAUUGGAAAAAUUCCCUCAUGAUUAUGUGGAGUAUUUUCUACAUUUGAACAACAGCGAUUUAAAUAAAUUUCCCUUUUUGUACGAAUGCGAUGAAAUCAAUAACGGUAUUAACUCUUCCGCCUUGCAAACAUUUCGCUCAACACUUCGCAAGCUUAUACCUAAGGAAGCGUAUGAUCAACCAAAUGCACAAAGCCUGGCGAAGACCUUACCGAUAAAUCGGCUGCGAAAAAUUAGUGCUAAGAAGCAGCACGAAAUUAUACAACUUUCUGAAGUUAUACUCAGUCACUGUGGCGAUGUUUCCUUGUUACUUGACUUUGGUUCUGGCUUGGGAUAUCUCAGCGAGUCGUUGUGCCUCGUUAACCAAAACUGGUGUAUUCUUGGAUUAGAGGGCGAUAGUUCUCGUGUAAUUGCUGCACACAAACGUCUGCAAGUGCUGAUGCCGGAAGCCAGGAAGCGUGUCACCUACAAGGAACAGUUCGUUGAAGCGAACGCCGGUGAAGCUAUUAAGCAUCACAUAGCUUCUAGUGGAUUCGAAGAUUUGCAGACGUUGCUCGACAAAUGGGCAAUUAUAGGCUUACAUGCAUGUGCUGAUCUUAGCGUGACAGCAAUCAAGUUAUUUUUUGAAUUGGCAUCAGUUAAAUGUUUGGUCAUCAUGCCCUGUUGCUAUCACAAACUGCAACAUACUCCGGAUGGCAACUUCGUAAACUUUCCACUCAGUGCUGCCUUGAAAACAGCUGCCGCAGAGAAAGACUCCAAAAUACAAAGUUAUUUUAAUCGACCAUUUUUACGUCUAGCAUGUCAAGAGACUAGUGCACGUUGGCGUAACUGCUCAGAGAAGGAGCACCUGGCGCAUGGAAAACAAAUGUUUUGGCGCGCUGUUGCUGAUGCCAUUAUAGACGAUGCAGCUGUUGUAAAAUGUCAACAACCUAUUAAAAAUGUGUGUCAAAUAGAAAGUUUUGCAGGUUUUUGCCAACACUAUGAACAGAGAUCAAAGGAAACGGAUGCGCAGCAUCUAACUGUGCGCUUGUGGAAUGAGGAACACGAAGAAAAAUUUAAUAAAAUUUUCAAUAGCUAUGCUGAUGUGGGACCGAAAUUGGCCGAAGCUUUGACAUGUCUGCAAACAACAUUACAGAAACUGUGCGAGAACAUUGUGCUUUACGACCGAUUAUGUUACAUGCAGGAAUUUGCUGAUGCGCAACCAGAUUUGAAAUUAAAUGUACAAUUUCAAAAGAUUCUGGAUGAGAAGUUAUCACCACGAUGCUAUGUCUUAAUUGCCGAGAAGUUAUAAUGCUGCUGAUAGCGAAAGUGAAAGUGAAAUGGGCUUAGACACGAGCUGUGUACUGUGUUUAUAUAUGUACAUACAUACAUACAUACAUAUGUAUGCUUGUAUUUACCUGUUUUAAGUUUAAAACGUAUUCGCUGCUAUUACUCUUCCGAAAAGCUUUCAAGUUCCAGGUAUAAAAGCACCUCUUAUAAUACAAUUAGCUUUGUGGCGUACUUACAAAAAAUAUGCAGUUACAUAUACAAACGUACAUAUGUAUGUAUGUAUGUUUGAAUAAGCAUACAUAUACUAACUAUAACGUUGAAGUACAAUAUUUAAAUGUAUUUGACUGGGUUUACUAAAGGCUGGUUUUUGCUAAUGUUAAAUUCAAUUGCAAAUAUAGUAAAAUACUCGUAGCGCUUUUAGUUUUUCACUCUGACGUCAGAUAUUCGAAAAUGAUUUAAAAAAUUCAGUGAAAUGUGCUUAGAGAAGAAGUAUGAGUAUCAAAUUAUAGAGGAAAUCCUAUAGAAUUUAAGCAGAUUCAACUAAACUCUAUAUUUUAACAGACAUUUCGUAUAUAAUAGAAUUUAUUCCCAUGAGAACAAUUUGCAAAGUGAAAGGCUAAAUAGCCUAAUUCUCAAAUUUUGAAAAACCAUCGAUGUUUCAGCAUUGAAGCAUGCAUUGAAUUUUUUAAAUAAUUUUUAGAAUUAAUCGUAUCUUUGAAAUUACAAAGUCAUUUAAAAUAAAUCCUGACGUCGGAGAGAAAAAAUAAAAACGCCACUUUAAAUUAGAAAAGUAAGUUUCCAACCCAUUUAUUUAUCAUUUAUUUUAUGGUAGGAGAGCUUCUAAGAAUUUGUUAAACCGCUUCUGAAUUUUGAAAAGUAAA